AUGACGACGGAAACGACUCCAAUGCCUGCUCCUUCUUCUCCGCAGUCCUCCACUAGGACUGUAUCGGACACCACCAGUCCGACGGAAACCUCAGCGGCACCGGAUCCGUUCCAAGCCGUUCUCUACGCCAGUAGUCAGCUUUCCAUCGUUGACACCUUAUCCAAACUCGUCCGGACGCUAUCCACAACGGUAUCUCUCUGCAUGCCGGACACGGGCACAACGGCGACGACGGCCGCCGACUCCGUGCGGGACGCCGUUGCCCGACUCGUCGAACGCCAGGAACGCACUACCGCACACGUCGUGCGGCACAUUAUGGACCUUUACCAGUCCCUCGGCGAACGCGACGCCGAACUCGCGCAACUCCGACAGGAACGGGACGCCCUACGCGAGCGCGUCGCCGUCCUCGGUGAGUGCCUCGCCUACGGAACACACACGCACGGAUCGCCCUCCACCGUCACCGCCGCCAACACGGAUGAUCUUUACAGUGCACCCGGAUUACAAAAAAGUCCCAGAAAGCAUUCCGGUAAGCGGGUCAAUUCGCAACACAGUCGCACGAACCUCAUUCCCUUUGAAAUUGUGCUGGAAGAGUACCAAGAAGAACGGGUGGAGUUGUAG